AUGAGCGUAGUCGAGAAAAUUAAAGAAAUAGAGAAUGAGAUGGCAAGAACCCAAAAGAACAAAGCAACAGCAAAUCACUUGGGACUUCUGAAGGCCAAAUUAGCAAAGCUAAGAAGAGAAAUUCUCACACCAAGAAGCAGUGGAGGAUCCACAGGAGAAGGAUUUGACGUAGCAAAGACAGGAGUAGCAAGAAUUGGCUUUGUAGGAUUUCCUUCUGUUGGGAAAAGUACUAUAAUGACAAAAUUAACAGGAACUUACAGUGCAGUAGCAGACUAUGAGUUCACUACGCUUACUACUGUCCCAGGAAUACUCCAUUAUAACGGAGCAAAAGUCCAGAUACUUGACCUUCCGGGUAUCCUAGAAGGAGCCAAAGACGGAAGAGGAAGAGGAAGGCAAGUGAUUGCUGUAGCCCGUACUUGCACACUAAUCUACAUUGUGCUAGACAUAACAAAGCCCCUUACAAACAAAAGAAAGAUAGAGAUGGAGCUAGAAGGGUUUGGAAUUCGUCUGAAUAAAUCACCCCCUGAUAUUACACUCUCAAAGAGAGACAGAGGAGGUGUAAAUAUACGGUCAACCUGCAGACUCACCCACUUAGAUGAAGAAGGCAUAAAAAUGAUAUUUAAGGAGUACAGGAUACUAAACAUAGAUGUCAUGUUCCGGUGCGAUGCCACAGCAGAUGACCUGAUCGAUGUGAUAGAAGGGAACAGAGUGUACAUUCCUGCAGUGUACAUUCUCAACAAGAUAGACAGCAUCUCCUAUGAAGAGUUGGAAAUAGUCAGUCAGUUAAAGGAUUCAGUCCCUGUCUGUGCAGACAGAGGAUGGAAUUUGGAUGAAAUAUUAGAAGCAUCCUGGGAGAAAUUGAGACUAAUAAGAGUCUAUGCUAAGCCAAGGGGACAGCUGCCUGAUUACAGCACACCAAUUGUCAUGCGUGAAGGAAAGUGCAGCAUAAAGGACUUCUGUAACUCAAUCCACAGAGGCAUAAUGAGCGAGUUUAAAAAUGCAAUUGUCUGGGGGAAUAGUGUUAAACAUGUCCCACAGAGAGUAGGAAAGGAGCAUAUUUUAGUAGAUGAAGAUGUAGUGCAGAUCGUAAAGAAGAGGUAG